CUCCUCACUGAGAGUACAGACAGUCAUACUGAAUAUACUCAACUGACACAGAAAGAGGAAGAAGAGAAGAGGGAAGAAAGAAAGGCAGAAACACGGUCAGAGGGAGAGAGAGUGUGUGACAGAGAGUGUAUGACAAAGAGAUAAUUCAGAAAUAUAAAAGUUAAGAGAGACAGACAGAGUGUGGAUGCUUAACAUGAGAGCAGAGGAUUAAAGUGCUGAACUGACGCUGCCACCUGACUGUCUGUGAGUCCACCUGCAGACAUGUCCUCCCGGGCGGAAAGUAAGACAGGUAUGCUUCUCUUCAACUCUUCCUUUGAUGCUAACUAUUAGCCACCACAGGCUAAAAACAUUCAAACAUUUAUCUCCUCUCAGUUAACUUCAGUUUCCUAUUUAAAGUUAAACUAAGAUGACUGAAUUAGCUGUGUUUUUGUAAUGAUGAUGAUGGUGAUGAUGGUGAUCUUUUUCUCCCUAAGCCUCCCAAUUUGCAUCCCUCACCUUGAAGCUGAAGGGUAAAAUCCAAUCACAGACGAUCAGACGCUUUGAGCGAAUCAAGCACAGUCCAUCACAGAAAACCAAACCUCCUGAUCUGAACUUGGAGCAUGAAAACACAAUAGAGCACAAGGUACAGAAACACACAAACACACACACACACACACACGCACACACCCACACACACGGCCUGCUUGCAGUUCACACAGGCACAACUCAAAGCAAAAGUAACACGAUGCAAAUAAGAUCCACUCUGGGCAACCUAACUUGCACAAGACAACACACACUGCAACACAAUGCACGCACACCAACAACUAUGCUGCAACACAAGGAAGACAUACAGCAACACAAGGUCAUCACAAUGCAACACAUGACACAUGCGUUUGUCAAUGCGAGUGAAAUAUGAUGCACAAUCUUUGAAAUGAGGGUACACAUCUUAGCUGCAUUAAGGUGCACACACAUUAAUAACUGACAAUGUUAGAUACUCACACCACAACUUCAGGUACAUGCAUACACGAUGCACACUGUGAUCCACAUUUCACACACUGCAACACAAAGUACACACUGCAAUACAGGGUGACAGCUCGCAUUCUCAAAUAAGAAGUACACAUCUACGCUGCUAAAUGAAGUAUGGACUAAAAUACUUAAGACACACACACACAAAAUACUUAAGACACACAAACAAACACAUACACACACUAAAACCAAAAUUACACCCAAAGUGACUCAAGUGCACAGUCUGAAAUACAAGGUCCACACUCUGGAAGACAAGGUUACUGUGUGCUUUAAAACAGCGGUUACACACUGAUCUGUGCCACACAGAUAAACUGUAACACAAAGUGCACAAACACACAGCUUUGUGUGUUUGCUGCGUGAUGUUUUAGGAAAAGACUAACAAUAGAUUUGGAGCUGCAGAGUGACAGAUUGUGUAUAAAACAUGAAUGGCACAACAGCUCCCCAAAAGCAGGGCCAGAACUUUUUUAGAGCUUCCCCUGGAGGCAGGUUGAAGUACAGGUUUUUUAACCCGGGGUCUUUUCUAUUCCUUUAUAACACACACAAUAUAAAUCAAACUGGAAAAUUAAGACUGUCAAAAGUGUUUUCCUCAAACAUUGUUAGUUAGUGAGUUAGUUGGUGAGUUAGUUAGUCAGUUAACUGCGUUGAACACUAAAGCUUGGCCCUCGCUGAAAGCUUUUUUAAACUUUAAUGGAUGUUAAAAAUGUGAGACACCAUCCUACACAAUGACAUAUUAGGCUCGUCACAAUAUCAGGUUUUCUUUCUGAAUCAUCCUGAGCAUAAAAUAUGACAAUAAUGAUAUCAUCACCAUAUUUAUGGAAAGCUUGAAGAAAGUUUGAUUGUGGUCACAGGGCACCUUGUAUGAGCGCUUGUGUUGUUGUUGGUCCAACACUUCUUACACCCGUGUAAGUUCACACUCUCUGUGUUCCAGUCUGUGUGUGGGUUAGCAGACCAGGAGCGAGCGGUCAUCAGCUCUCUGCAGUACUUCAAAGCUCUGGUGGACAGACUGGGAGUAGACAAGCUGGUCCAGGAUCAGUCUGUAGUGGGUGGUCUGCUAGGUGGGGCGUCUGGUGGAGUCCUGGAGGCGGUCCAGACUCUCGUCCAGCUGGAGCCUCGCUUGCACAGCAGGUAAGUGACUCUUGUUGUUAACCUCUGACGUCAGACCAUAGUGAAAGACCUGUCCCCUGACCUGACCCUGUCUGUCCUCUCUGCAGUAAGACCAUCUCUUCCUGUCUCACUCGUCUCUACCAGUAUGUGGCUCAGCUGAUUCGAUGGACUGAUCAGGUGAUGCUGCAGGGAGCUGCCCAGGACAGCAAAGACUCCAAAGCAAGCGUCACCGCGGCGAUCAGGGCAGUGCUAGAUGGAGUAAAGGUGAGGACUAUCGGUGGACUGGUGUUUGUGUCCUCAUCUACUUACUCGUGUCCUGUUAAUUUUCCGAUCCAUCUUUAUCUCUUCUUUCAUAUUUUUCCUCCUCUUCCCCUAAAGUCUCUUUUGUCUAAUUUUACUUCAGCUCAACUUUUUGUUCUGUCUUUCUGUUUCUUUGUCAUGCUCGUCCUUUUCUAUUCUGGUUUCUCUCUUCAAUCCAAAUGUGUCCAGAGAGUGUAAAAAGGCAUAGCCUCAGCAUGUCUGUAAAUAUUGACUGGUGUCUCAGUCCUCAUCUGUGCUCAUUGUAUAAAACUGAGUGUCUCUGUUUUCAUCCCUCUUUUGUGCUCUUAGUUUUUGUCCCUUUCUGACGAGUUGACCCUCUUUUUGUCUUUAUGUCUCUAACUGACCCAUAAACCUUCCACUAACCUUCCUUUUUUUCUCUCUCUGUGGUAUGUAUCUUCUUUUGUCCUUUUUGCAUCUUUCUGAACUUGUCUUCCUCUGUUCUAUUUUUCCUUUCCUUUGUGUAUCUUUCUUUCCAAUGUGUCUUUUCUGUCCUUUUUGUAUCAGUCUGUCUUUUUUUGUCUUCCUCUGUUCUGCAUGUCUUUGUCUGUUCCUUUUGUUGUCUUUAAUCUUUUCUGUUGCUUUUGUAUUUGCUCAUGUUCAGUGUAUUUCAUGUCUCUUUUGUCUUCCUUGUGUCCUUCAUGUCUUCUUGUGUCCUUUUAGUCUCCGUGUGUCCCUCAUGUCUUCUUCUGUAUUUUUACUUUUCCUUGUGUCCUUUAUGUCUUCUUGUUUCCUUUCAGUCUUCCUUGUGUCCCUCGUGUCUUCUUCUGUAUUUUUACUUUUCCUUGUGUCCUUUAUGUCUUCUUGUGUCCUUUUACUCUUCCUUGUGUCCUUCAUGUCUUCCUGUGUCCUUGAUUGUCUCCCUUGGGUUACCUUUAUUCUGUGUUUUUUGUCCUCCUCUGUCUCUUUAUCUUUUUCUUCUUUUUCUGAUCUCCUGUCCCACCUGUUUUUGUCCUUUUUUCUUUUUCUUUUUUUUUUGUCCUUUUCUUUCUUAUUUGUCAUUUUCUGUCCUUUUUGUCUUAUUCUGGAGGGCUGUCAUGCCCACUCCUUUGGUACUGCCUUAUGGGUCUAAACCUUUUUGUUGUCUUCUUUGUAUCCUAUUUGUCUUUUUCUGUCCUUUUUUCUAUUUACAGUCCUUUGUGGGGGGUUUUUCGUCUUUUUGUCUUAUUCUGUGUUGUAUCUCUUCUUUGCCCUUUGUUGUAAUCUUCAUUUCUUUUCUUUUUUUUCUCUCUUUGUUUCUUUUUCUUUCUUCUGUGUCUUUUUCUCUUUGUUUUUCUGCUCUUUGUGUUUUUGUCCAUUCUUUUUUUGUCUUUAUUGUCUUUUUACUCUUGUAUGUCUUAAUAGCGUGUGCCCUGGUCUCCUCUAUACUUUUUGUCUUCCUUUAUUCUACUUCUGUCAUUUCUCUUGUAUGUUUUUUCAUGUUUGUUGUCCUCAGUCCAGUUGUCCUGUUCCUCACUUUCUAGUCUCCUGUCCACGUUGUCAUAGUCAGACAAUGAAGUCAUGUUUGACCUCACAAACCCCUGUCUUUGUCUGUCUUUUCUGUCCUCUUCUGCCCAGUUAGGACCAAAGGGUCCAGGACAAUCAAAAAAUAAUCUCAAAUGAUGGACUGGUGAUCCUGUAUGUCCACUUCUUUUUGCCUUUGUCCCUUCUGUUUUCCUGUCCUUCCCUGUGUCUUGGCCUCUUAUCAUGAUAUCCUGCCUUUCCUCGAUUAUUCACAUUGUCCUUUUUUGUUGUGGCUGUCAUUUGACCUUUCAUUUUUAGUCAUCUUAUUUUUCUCGUCCUGCUCUGUUUGGACUGUGUCCUGUUGUUGUCCUGUUUUUGUCAUACGAUCCAUCAGUUGUUGUAGUAUUGUUGAUUUGUUUUGUCCCAUUCAUUUGUCAGGAGCUGGUUCGAUUGGCCUCAGAGAGACAAGACAGCUCAGCCCCCUUAUCUCCUGUCCAGCUACAGCCUCCUGUGGAGCAGACCGACUGUUUCAAAGACCAGCCGUCUUCAGACAGGCUAUCUGCCUCCUGGAGUCAAGGAACUCCCGCCAAGGAGGAGAAGGAGGAGGAGGAGCAGAAGAAGCUGAAAAGUACGGCGGAGCAAAUCUUUUCAGUUCCUCCUAAACCCCCAAUGCCCCUCUUAGACCCGCUCCCCCAGAUGACACCCCAGCUGGGACUGAGGUGAGUCUGAAUCAAGUAAAUGGUGUCAGUAAGUUUGGUCAAAUUAACAAUAAAACCAUGUAACUCUUUGAAACCUGAUUGGCUGCUGAAAUUUUCCUGACAGCUGUUGACUAAUCCUGGCAUCCUAGGAUUUGCAUUUCGGCUCAUUUUGGACUCAAAAACAGCAUCAGUUUUAGUUUGUUUUAAAGUACCCCAUCUGAUUCUAGAUAACACUUAAUGACAGUUUUAAGGUGUCUUUUAGCAACUGCUGUGAUCAAUCAUGCAGUGUUCAAUCAAAGGCAUCCUUACUUGAGGCAUUUGUCAUUCAUUUAAAGGGAUUCCAAACUUUCAAUUUCCAAUUGUCUUUUAAUGACUGGACCUCCAUUGGGAUCUUAGCUGUUAUUGUCUUUUCACAAACCUUAUCAGAAAGGAGUCAACUUGAGAGUUUGAUUUUAAAACUUGCUGCCAGGAAUAAAUCCAGAUAUUUGAGUGACAUCGCCCUACUUCUGCAUGUUUAGACCUCUGUUAUGCUCAGUUGGAAGUUUAUCUCUGCUGUAAUACUGGACAUGAAGAGUCUUCUUUAUGAAGUUUGUGAAAAGGACCCAACAGAGAGCAACUUUAUCUAGCUGGAUCGCUUAAUUCCUUCCAACAUCUGAGAUCCAAGCGUGGUCUAACAUCCUUCUGUGCUUUCACCUAUGGAGGUCCACUGUGCUCACAACCAGGCCCAGAACUAUGGGCAAGAUAUUAUAGAUCAAAACAAAUGUAUGUAUGUGGACAAGUCAGUUUAGCGUGGAAGAGAUGACAGGAAUGAGUUACUCUUUUAUGCAUAAUCAGGAGAUCUGCUGACUCAGCCUAAGUAUAACUGACAAGCCGAUUUUAAUAAAUAAGCUGAUAUUAAUUGGAUUUAACGAUAUAGAUAUAUAGAUAGUUACCUUUUUAAAUCUACGAUGAUUUUUGAUAUAUCAUUAAGUUUAUGAGAUUAUGGGUCGUGCUGGUGUAGGUGAGUGUGACAAUGAAACUGUGUCAGUAUGGUAAUAUGAUGGGCAGAAAUAGAACUGUGGAUUCAACAGGAAGUAAGACGACGAGAAGCAUCACAUGUCAGCGCUCCCCCACGUCUCUGUACUUCCUGUCUCUUUGCUCACUGAUCGACAGCAGGAACCAGAAAAAGAAGAGGAAGUGAGAAAGACAGCUUCAGCUUCUCUUGGUUCCUUUUCAUGGAAAUCAACCACUUUUGGCCCAAAGAUGUGAGCUGUUGGAUGCUAUUCGUCUUUUUCAAAAGGGAAGGGGGUUGCAAAAUAAAUAUACCAUUAACAGGAAGCUGUCGGCUGUGGCGAGCAUUGUUCACAUAAAUACACUGUUAUGAAUAUGAAUAUUUUAUAUAUAGAGGCAUGAGAGGCUCCGAAACCUGCAGAGAGAGGUUGUGAAAGUACACUGUGGAUAAAAAACAACUUUAGUAUCAAUACAGAAAGCAGGACUGUUUAAGAAGGCUGCAGUCAAAGCUUAAAACUUUGGCAUCAUAAAAACACUAGUCUGAGGUCAAUUUUCUUCAUAAAGUCCAGAUAAUGGUGAACAAAUCAGGGGUGAAGUACUGAAAAAUCAUCAAUUCAUGUUAACCAGCUUCAUCAACUCUCUUAUUAAAGCUAUUAAUUUGUCUUCCUCCCCUCAGUCCUCCAGCGCUACCCCCAAAGAAACGUCACUCUUUACCCGGCCCCACCCUCUGCAGGGUCGCCAUUGUAGCACCAAUGAGACGAGAGUCUGAUGUAAACAUACAGCUGAAGCAGGUUUGUUGAACUAACUGCUCCUACUGUCAGAUAUUAAACACAGUCUCAAAGCUUUAUUUACACAAAGGUUGUCAUUGGAAAAGUUAGACCUCAGACUGUUGAAACUGUGGGGAAAUAAAGUCAUCAUCCUCAUCAUCAUCAUCAUCCUCAUCAUCAUCAAUUGUCAGAUAAAGUGUAUUAAUUAAUUAUUAGUUGUGUAUAUUUAAGUGUGCGUUUGCGUUACAGGAAGAUGAGGAGUUUUCCAAACGUUGUUCUUCUUCAUCAGCAAACUCUUCUACUGAGAAAAUACACUGUGGUAAGAAACACACGCACGCACUCUUUUCCAGUCAGUGUGUUUGUGUGUGUGUGUGUGUGUGUGUGUGGGGGGGGGGGGGGGGGUCGAGUGACAUCACUUCCUGAAUGUUGACAGAUUCAGGAAACAGUGCCUAGUGUCUCCUCCUUAAAGCAGCAAGACUCACUGCUGCCUCCUGCUGGACAAACUUGCAUAGACAUCUUUGAUAGCUUCACUUAAGACAGAUGCUGCAAAAUUUGAUCAAUUCUUUGAUGGAUUGUGAUAAUCUUGAUCCAAAGAUCAGGGUCGUCUUGACAAAGCAGUUCUUGGAUUAAAUCAAAUACAUGCUGAAGAUGUGAGAAAGCUCAAGCAGGCGAUAAAUGACAGUGUCAUCAGUAUAGAAGUGAACAGCAGCAUUUGGGUCCAUAUGUUUAAGACAAUUUCAAAAUCCUAAUCGUCCACAUCCAGCAUCCUUUUGACCAACCACAGGGGUGGGGGAGUUACAAACAUUUGUCACCUGACUGACCUGAAGCAUGAAGUAUUUACAGUUUGUUCACAUAGAUAGUUCAUGAUCUAACACUCUCUGUGUCUUCCAGAGGAGGAUCCAGAUUACAACUUCCUCCACACUGACCUCUCCUCCUCUGAGAGUCUCCCUCCUCUUCCUCCCCAGCCUUCCCUCCCUCCUGCUCUGCCAGAGAAGAGAAAUCGCAGUGCCACAGGUGAGGAGACAGCUGAGCUUCACUCGUACAUCUCUCCGUCUAUCGAUCUGACUCCUCUCUGCUGUUCUCAGCAGGAAACACCGUCUCUCAGGUCUCCACCUCUUUUGGAUUCGACGCCCCCCCUCAGGAGCAGAGUCCCGCCUAUCCUGAUGAUGUCAUCAUCCUUGAUCAGGCUCUGUCACCUCUGUCCCCCAGCAAGACGCCCCCUCCCCUCCCUGAAAAGAAACGCCACAGUGAGUCCAAACAAAGCAGAAUAAAAAUCCAUCAGUAGCUCAGAGUAAAGUGUCUUACCUGUUAGUCAUUCCUCACUAAUGACUGUCUGUGCAAGAUAUUGUAUUUCUGUGUUUACGUGUCUUUCUCUCUCUCUCUCCUUACCUGUCUCUGUCCCUGUCUGCAUCCAGUCCAUCAGUACCUCCAGUUCUGUUCAUCCUACAGUGGCCAGUCACCUGCCAUGUUUUACAAUCAACCUUCAACCUUCCAGCGAUACAGCAUCAGGCAGCGAGAAGUGGAGAACACUUACCAGCUCACACACCUGGACAUACACCUGGAGACGCAAACAGAAGACCCCGCCUCCUCACCUGAGAAACCUCCUGCUCCAGUUCUACCACCAAAGAAGAAACAACAGGUGAGAAUUUUGGUUCCUUUUUAUCCACUUACCUAUGUCUUCUUGUCUCCUCUCUACUCUGAUAAUGAGGAAGCUGUUCCCCUGUGCUGUAACAGAGAAUUUUUUACUUCUCAAAUUUUUAUUUUUGGACUGAAAAUUACUGCAUGAACCGAAAUAUAAGGCAAGUUUUUUUUUUUGAGAAUAUCAGCUCCAAAUGUUGACCUGUAUAAUGUAGUGGUUUAACGGGAAAUUCAGAUCACAGAGUGUGCAGGCUGAAGGCCAUACCUCUAGAUCUCUUAAAGAAGUAAAUAGCAUGGGACCAUCUUGGGACCACUAAUAUUGACAGUUUAUAUUAGCAGUAUUAGUUCAAAUGUUCCCAAUGCAAGUUUACAUUUAUAUGUAGAUGAUACUGUCAUAUACUGCGCAGCUCUAAUGCAGUAUAAGGCCAGAAGUUACCUGCGAGAUGUCUUUGAUACUACGAAAGACACCUUUAAUGAGUAGAAAUAGAUCUUUAAUCCUGAUUUUAAAAAGUCAUGAUGUUUAAAAACUCAAAGACUAAGCUGCUGUACCAAAGCUGAUGAACCUGCCAUCUAUAACUACAUAUCUCUCAUUUUGACUGAGUCUGUAUCGUCCUAUAGAUAUCUUGGGUUCUUGUUGAUUCUCAGUCUUGAAUUUCAAAUGCAGCAACUUAUAAAGAAGCUGAAGCCGGGGCUGGGCUUCUAUUCAAGAAUAAGUCAUGUUUUUUUUUUUGUUUGUUUUUUUGUGCUGUGGAAGAAAAAUAAACAUGUUGCUGCUACUUUUAUGCCUGUGAUUGGCUGUGGUUAUAUUUUGAUCAUGCAUGCAGCAUCUUAAAGCCUUUCGUCUCAGCUCUGAGGUCCACUACAAACCUUCAGUCUCUGAAUCACCAUUUCUCUUUAUAUGCUCAAGUUGGCUGCCCUGAAUUGUCCACUCAUAAGCUAAAUCACUGGCGGGUCCUUAUUUAAAUGUCGAUUUUCAACUUGCUCUCCUCUUAUUUAUUUAUGCUAAUAAACUGGAAAAUGCUGGAAACUAGAGUCUUUGCUCGGUGACUCGGUCACAUGACUCAUCUUUGCUUUCCGUCCCCAUUGUGCAUCUUGAAAUGGGGUAAAAGGAGUUUUAAGGAAACUGCUCCUGCAGCUUGGAGUCUCCAAGAUAAUUUGGCUCUUGGGGAAGUGGUCCCUCUGAAGGGUGAAAGAUGCACCAGGCUGUAGUUGAUUUAGUUAUGAUUUUCUUGUCAGUUGAUUAAGGUUAAUGCUGACGUGUGUUUUUAACUGUUGUGUUUUUGUAUGUCUGUAACUUUUCCCGAACUAACUGCUAAAAAUGUUGACCAGGGUGGCCUUGUAAAAAAUGUACUUCUGAGCAGACAUAAAGGUGACAAGGAGGCAGUUUUUGCUCAGUCAUCAUACUUAUUUCUACACAUUCUGCCCUCCAAAAUAAUUGAAUAGUCCUCCCUUUAAUAUGACUUGAGUGUCAUGUUGCCUGAAAUUCACCUUUGAUGCAUUUUUUAUGGAUUUUGAUGUUAAUUAUUCUUUUAAAGUGAAAUUACAAGUACAGUACACACAAAAAAAAUCUAAGGUUCUGGAGUUAUAAACUUAAAUUUCAACUGAGGAAAGACUUGAGAAUUUAAAUUAUCAUAACUAAAAAGUGAAAAUUCAGUUUUCAGCUGUUAAUUAAUUUUCCAUAGUGGGUUUUGAAAAUCUAAUAUGCUUGAACUUGACAAAAAUACAAAAUAGAAAACAAUUGUUUUGAAAUCCCAUGUUGCACCUUCCCAUUUUAUUUUUUCUUCCUUUUUUUUCCUCUUUUUCUUCUUCCACUUCUGCUUCUUCUUGUUGUGUUUUUAUAAUGUUUGGAAUCCACAUUGUUGCAUCACUGCCACUCUCAGUUUUGACCUUUCAGUUUUCACUUGUUUGGGGUUUAUUUUCAGAUUUGCAAAAAGUCCCAAAUCAUCAGACUGACAAAUUUAAUCUCAUGUAAUAAUGAGUUAUAGAGAUUCUCAGCUCUCUCUUGGAGUAAGUGUGGCACAGAUGAGGCAGUUAAUGAACUGAAAGACCAUUUAAAAGAUUCUGACCCAAUCUUGUUUUUGUCUUCAUUAGGAUCCAGUUGAAACUCUCAACAAUGAGCAUGAGGAUCUCCAGCCCAAAGACAGGUAAUGCAAAAACAGCCAUAUCAACACACACUUUUACACAUACAGCCACUUUAAUGCUCUGUUCUGCAGUCCCCAGAGUCUCCAGCAGGAGGAGGAUCGUUGCAAGAAGAGCUCAGGGCAGCUGGAGGGGAAGGAGGAGGUGUUACUGACCAACCGGCAGGAGAUCCUACAGAGAAUCACAAUGAAACCUGAGGUACCCCCUGACCCCUCUGCUGAGCAGUUAUUCAAGCUCUUUAUUUCUACCUAAACUCUGUCUGUCUGUCUUAGGACGAGGAGGGUCCAGAUGUGAAAGGAGCCUCUCCUGAGAUCCUGUUGGUCUUUGCCACAGAGACUGACAGAAGUAACGGUGAGUCCUUGUCUCAAUCCUAACUGCAUGAGAAUUUUCCUGCUCGAGGGGAGCAGGAUCCAAGAGGCUGAAGUUAGUCUGUCAAAUACACAAACUGCUGCUAUAUAAGAAUUUUCGGGGAAUAAAUAACCUCUGAGUUCAAGAUAAGAUUUUGACUAAAAAUGAAUCAUUUUAAGGUGUAACUCAGGGGUACAAGGAACCUCUCUUCAGGGGCAAGAUGAUAACUAUUCAACACAGGAGCCUUACUUCUUGUUGUAAGAUUGUAACUUUUGGAUUUACAGUCAGAGAGACCAGCCUGUGGGCCGGAGAUUGUUAUUCUGGGAAAGAACCACUCACACUUAUGUUAAAUGCUUCAUGACUUUUAACUGUUGUGCAUUAAUACUGUUACCUAAUUGCUCCUUACAUCAACUCUUUUUGUUGCUAAAACAUCGAGAUUGACCUAUUUUCACAUAAGAAUUAUGUUAUGAUAGGUAAGUGUUGUGUUUGCAUGCAUGCCAUGGUUAAUAAAUGUGUUAUUGUUUGUGUCUAUGUGUGUGUGUGUGUUAAGACCAAGGCAUGUACCGUGAAGCCUUCCUCUCCACAUACAGAAGCUUCAUCAGUCCCAGUGAGGUGAUCAGCAAACUACAGCACAGAUAUCCUCUCUGUCGGUAGCUGCAUUAUCAGCUGAACAAAGAUUUACGGUACUGUCUCCUGAUUGGUCAGAUUGUGAUCGCUGCAAGACAUCUGGAGCUUUUUUAGUUGGAGGUUUUUGAAGAAGUUGGAAAAAGAAAAAAAAAAAAAAAGACAACAAUAUCAGUUUGUCCAGUUGUUUGUCAAUAACACAAUAGUUUUCACAUAUCUUGAGACAUUAUUAAAACCAUCAGUUCAACCUUUAACCACAAACACGUACAGACACUUUUGUAAAGGACGAGAACCUGCAGAUCUGAUGGCUGCCAAGAAGACUUUUCACCUGCUGAUCAGAGUCGUCGAUGAGUUAUGGUGAGACAACACACACCUGAAACAAUACAGGGCUUCGGUUUUGACGCUCAUUACCAGGUUGAAUGAUCUAGAAAAGGUCACUUUACUUCAGCUUUGGCAUAUUUGUUUCCCUCUAGUAGUUUUUGGUGCUGUCACUAUCACAUAUUAAGAGAAAGUUCAGUUUACUGUCCUCCAUGUUACAUAUGUUUAAAUGUAAUUUAUUUUGUUACAGUGCAAUAGAGCUAGAGUCCGAUUUGCUCCUGCUCCUGAUGGACCUGGUGUUCAUGCUCCUGACUGGUGGAGAGCUGGGACCGGCUCACUUGCUGCGCUCAAACAUCCUGUCCAAGAUGGAGCAGAGGUGGCAGCUGAUUGGAUCCCCUGAGUCUCUCCGUCCUCUUGCAGCAAAGGGUGUGGCUGCGAGGUAACUUAUGACCUCUGACCUCUCGGAUGAUGAACAUUUCUGCAAUCUAUUUAGACAAACUCAUGUCCACUUUUUGUCCUCCACAGACCAGGAACUCUACUGGACUUCAGGAGUCAGGACUUGGCUGAGCAGUUGACUUUGCUGGACUCUGAGCUCUUUUACAAGAUCGAGGUACAAAUCAUAAACGAUCAUUUAAGUUCUUUAUAUUUUCAUUUUUUCACUCUUGUUUUUCCCUAAAAUUAAAGAAAAUGAUGAAAAGAUUUUAAAUGUGGAAAAGGGCAAGUUGAAGAAAAGUCUUAUUUUGUGUGCUCCUUACUCAAAACACUACAAAAAAUUCUGUUGUGGCAACCAAUAUAACAAUACCAACAUGUGUUUCUCACCUUUGUCUCGCCUGUUUAGCUUCCAGAGGUGUUGCUGUGGUCUAAAGAGCAGAAUGAGGAGAGGAGUCCAAACUUGACGCAGUUCACCCAACAUUUCAACAACAUGUCCUACUGGUAACCGAGCACAGCACUCUGUUUCUCACAAAAGUUAUACAAACAGGGUUUGUUUAGUUUUAGAUCAACUUAUUCAUGUAACACCAGAGUUUCAGGGUUUAAAGGCACAAUGUGAGUAUUUAGCAACAUUUAGCAGAACAGACUUCGUAGAAAUGGAAUGAAAGUAUGUUUAGAUUAUAGUAGAAUCACUAAAAUGUAGAGUUAUUUUAUUUCUGUUGACUUGAGGCCUUUAAAUUGCAGAAACAAACAUUGAAAUGCACAUCACAUUUUCUGCACAUCUGUCUAAUGAGCUCUCCAGUGUGCUGUGAGUGGUUUUCUGAAUAAGAAAUUGUGAGCAACAAUCUGAAUAUUUCACUGUUGACCUCUAAGUUCUGCCCUGCAUUUUGUUGGAUUUUCGUUUUUACAAAAAUUAAAACGUCUCGAGUCAGGUUCUAUUAAGAGGCUGAAGCACUAAGUUUAAAGCAGACUGAAGCCUUAAAUGUAAAAUUCUGUCCUCAUUAGAUACAUGAUACAUUUCUUCAACAGCUGUUGUACUGUUUGAAUUAAUGUCUAUCAUAUGAAAAAUAGGAUAAAUAAUGAAUUCUGUGAAUUUUAGGGUUCGUUCUGUCAUCAUUCUUCAAGACAAACCUCACGACAGAGAAAAGUUGUUGCUGAAGUUCCUGAAAGUUAUGAAGGUAAAAGCAUACAGGUGAAACAGGUGAAAGGUGGAGCCAUGAAGCAAUAAUCUUUUUAUGUUGUCGUUUUCCUCUUUCUGGCUGAGAACACAGCCCUGCAUUACACACAUUUACUUCAGUAUGAGUGUUAAAUCUGACAGUCAAUGUGUGUAUGUGUGUUUCUGAAUGCAGCACCUGCGGAAGCUGAACAACUUCAACUCAUACCUGUCUAUUCUGUCAGCGCUCGACUCGGCUCCACUGAGACGCCUGGACUGGCAGAGAAGCACGGCUGAGGUCUCACUCAACAAAAAAAUACUGUUUACUGUUGUGAAAUGAGCAUGCCAGUGUGUCCUGUGAGUUACAGUGAGUUGUGUGUUUUUAUUUUAGGCUCUAGAGGAAUUCAGCUCUUUGAUUGACAGCUCGUCAUCUUUCAGAGCCUACAGAGCAGCUCUAGCGGAAGUGGAGCCUCCCUGUAUCCCCUACCUGUAGGUUAAGACUCCCUUUAUUCCACUCUAUACCAUACUUGCAUGUUAGCACCUUCUUGGACCACUUAAAAUCCUACCUGUGUGUUUAUACAUGGGAUACUACCCUGAUUUCACCUUACAUAAAACAACCUGAAUACUUGUCUGCAUUCAUUGUACCAGACCUGUGUCUUAAUGUAUUGUAUAUAGCAUCAUAUACUGUUGACCCUACCUGGGUUUUGAUCCCCCUCUGUGUGUGUUGCAGGUGUAAAACCCCUUUACCUUGAUGUGUAUAUUAGAUACCUGUAAACUAAUUCUUGCACCCCACUAACUUGUACAUAUUCUACCACUAAGGGAGUAACCCUUACUUAUAGUCUAACUGUCGAUUAAUUGCUUCCAUAUCUUGGUAUAGCCUACCUAUGCGUUUGCAACCUUCAGACAUCACACUACAAUCCUACUAGUAUGAUGAAGUCCUGUAUAACUCACCAUUUUAUUCUACAUCUUCAAGUUUAUUAACGGUUUACCAUACCUCAUUCUCAACCUGACUUAUACCCAUAUACCCUAUUUAUAUUUAUACUCCUCCCACUUGUGAAUUAUUGUCGAUCCAAUUGAGUAUGUGCAGCAGUUGAGUCCAAGACAAAGUUCCCCCAAGGAGACAAUCAAGUGUAUUAUAUCAUAAUGUGUUGUAUCAUAUCAUAAACUAAAUCGUAUCGUCUAUAAUAUGGUAUGGUAUGUUUUGGUAUCAUAUCAUAUAGUACCUUUCCAUAUAUUAUUAUAUCAUAUCAUAUCAUAUCAUAUAAGGUUUUAUAUUGUAGUAUAUCUUAUUAUUGUCUCAUAUUUUGUUGUAUUAUAUCGUACCAUUUUAUAUCAUGAUGUAUUGUAUUGUAUCAUGUUGAAUCAUGUCAUACCAUAUCUGACAAAUGUUCUGUAUGCACCAAAAAUACACUAUGCACCCUAUCUUUAGGCUAAGAGGCUACCCAAUAUACCCCGUAUCUAUAACCUUCCUUGGGGUCAGUUAUCUGUAUAUCCAGCUGUAUCUGCACCACCAUUGGGCAUACCCUGUAUACCCUGCUAUUUAUACUUUGCCUGUUGGUUACUAGCCUGUACUAUAGUUACUCUAACUUUACAUGCCACCUUUUUUAUAGUUUCAUAUUUUUAUACUCAAACUGUACGUCUAUUCAUCUCACAUAUGAGCUAAUACUCUUGGACAACGUGGUAUAACUGUUUAUCUGUCUUAAUGUCCAUAUUUCAGGGGUUUGAUCCUACAGGACUUGACUUUUGUCCACCUGGGGAACCCUGACACUUUGACAAGCUCACAGGAGUCAAAGGUCAACUUCUCCAAACGCUGGCAGCAGUUUAACAUCCUGGACACCCUGAGGACAUAUCAACAAAUGUUAGUUACCUGUAUUACUUAAGUUUAAGUAGUAGUAUUGCAGUUUUUCAUCUGAUUUCCCUCUCUGAAUUAUCACCUUAACCUCUUUUCUCAUUGCAGCCAUUAUUCUCUGCAGCCCGAUGAUGACAUCAUAUCUUUUUUUAACGACUUCAGUGAUCACCUCGCAGAAGAAGCAUUGUGGGAACUCUCCCUCAGGCUUCGCCCACGGAACACUCCGCGAGCCAAUCAGAGAUGACGGGUUAAACCAGGACAAAAGUGAUCUUGGUCUUUCAUGGAUCAUCAUGUUUUAGAUAAUAAGGAUAAAAACAUAGGUGCUAACAUGACUCAGGCUGUUACCAAACUGGACCUGACAGGUACUUGUCUUGUGUUCAUAAGCACAGGAAUAAGCCUAGUUCACACUUAUUCAUAUACUAGCACAGCCAUGGCCAAAAAUGUGUCUGUCCGAGCUGUUCCUGUAAAAAUAACAAUAACAGACUGUUUCUGUGCAAUAGAAAAACAAUCUUUAGAGUCCUAGGUGGAAGCAUAGGCUAGCCUGGUUUAACCCCAGGACAUAGCCUCAGUGUGGGCCAGAACUGUACAUGUGUUUAAAUUAAUCCUGCAAUAAACAUAACUGCUUACUGCUCUGUCAA